UCUGUGGUUCGCAAAUCGUUUGCAAUGUGGUCCACGCAAACAAUAAUCAAUUCGAUGCCAUCUGUAAAGCUCCAAUUCGAGGAAGCGGCCUACGAGGGUGACGCCGAUAUUGUGAUACUUUGGGCGGAGGGUGAACACGGCGAUGCCUAUAAAUUUGAUGGUACCGGCAAUCACACCAACAUUCUGGCGCAUACAUUCUAUCCAACCUAUCAGGAGGACGGCUAUUUAAAUGGCGAUAUUCAUCUUGGUUUGCUUAUUUGUCGAAAAAUACUUAUGAAAUUGUCGAAGUAG